AUGUGGCACGAGGCGCGGCGGUCGGAGAAGCGCGUGCACGAGAUGAUGGACGCGGCGAAGAAGCGCGCCGAGCGGCGCGCGGAUCAGCGGUCUCGGCGCGCGGGGGAUCCGACGCAGCUGCUGCGCGUGGCGGGCACCAAGCUCCGCCUGGCGCACGACUCCGCCGUCUACCAGUCCGCGCAGGACCUCUCCGGCCUGUCUGAUCUGCCCGCGCUGCGCUAUUUCCGUCACGUGUUUCGCUAUGCUAAUGCCCCUCCUUUUUUCUUGCCCUCCUGCUGCCUUCCCUCCCUUUUCUCUCCUCUUCACCUCGCUUUCCUCUGUUUCGCGCUUUGCUGCUUCUGGCUGUGCCUCGCUCCUUCCGCUGUGCUCCGUGUCCCGUACUCCUCUCUCCUUUCUCUCGUCUGGUGCGGCGCAUCCCGUUCCACCCCGCUCGACGGCCCCUGCAGCAUUCCAUGGAACAACAGAGAAGACACGCUCAUAGACAGGUACGACGGCCGUGCGAUGCUGGAUUUUAUCCGGGAAUAUGAUCCGCACAGGCAUGGGGCGAGGGAGCUGACAGAGCCGCCCAGCACCAACCUGUUACCCGUCUAUACCCCCUGUCCCUGUGCAUACCCCCACCUGCGAGUUGACUUUUGA